ACACUGGCUCACUUAUCACAGAGUGCGGCCAUGCCUGAGUUCCUCCAUCUAUCGACGCACGCGGCAUCAUACCAUGAGGUACAAUUUCUCCGGCCCGCAUCACUUGACAUCCUGGAGACUGACGACACAGAGCAGGCCAUUGCGCACGUUGAGACGCACGAGAUGGAUAGUGACGUUAUGUGGCCCGACGAGCGUACUUCCGCGCCCGAGAACAAGGUGGGCGAUGUGGCGUAGCCCUGCACCUUUCUCUCGCCAGCAUUCACCUUUGUUCUCUCUGCUAUAUCGUAGGAUACUCUAUAGCUGGAAUUGUCGCGUCUUGUCUCUAUAGAUUUUGGCAUUUUGUGCGUGUAUAUCAUACAGUCGGUGUCACUAGCCACCCUUUGUAAUUACAGCUUUUCAUCGCUCCCAUGACCGUAGACGUCAGCUCUCUAGCACUAUCUUACAUUGUAAUAAUACAUUGCGUUCCGCUGAAGAGUGCGCUUGGCUACAU